AAUCUGAUUGUUUUAAUCAAAUUCUCCAUCAAGUGUGUGCAUUUUGGCUGUACUCUUGGUAAUUGAGGGUACUGAGCAAAUGUAGUUCUUUGAGUAUUUUGAGCUUGGAAAAUUCUCUGCCUUCAGAUCAAAUGGGUGAACAGACUAGUAAGUUGAGCGCCCCCUUGUACAAUUUCUACCCUGAAGUUUUAGCCAAUAGAUUAGCAUACUGAAAGUUAUUGGCCCAAUCGCACAGCAUGACAGUCAUUUACAUAGCAUCAUCACUAAUAAAGUCCUGCGUUAUUCAUCAGAGUUCUCUCAUCGGCUCCGUUUCUUAACCCACUCUGCCUGGGUUGAAGACAUUUACCAGGCCUGGGCUGCCAUCAGUCACAGUGGAAGGGAAUUCAGGCUUGGUUCAAAUCUCUUUGGAUCAGCUGCUUUGAAAGCAGUGCAGUUCUGUUCAUUCUUCAGGCUGCGGAGGCUGCAGCGUCCCCGUGGUUCCGGAGCCCACCGCAGGCUGAAGGCGUUGCUGGCAGUCCAUGCGCGUAGAGGAAGUGUGCAGAUGGGAUUAACAUCCACAUGGAGAUAUGGAAGAGGACGGGGCAUUGGCACCGUAACCAUGGUCAGCUGGGGCCGCUUCGUCUGCCUGGUUGUGGUCACCAUGGCAACCUCGUCCCUGGCCCGGCCCUCCAAUUUAGUGAAGGAUACCACGUUAGAGCCGGAAGAGCCACCAACCAAAUACCAAAUCUCCCAGCCAGAAGUUUACGUGGCUGCGCCUGGGGACUCGCUAGAGUUGCGUUGCCAGUUGAGAGAUGCCGCCGUGAUCAGUUGGACUAAGGAUGGGGGACAGUUGGGACCCAGCAAUAGGACAGUGCUUAUUGGGGAAUACUUGCAGAUAGAAGGUGCCACGCCUAGAGACUCCGGCCUCUAUGCUUGUACCGCUGCUAGGACUGUAGACAGUGAGACUGUCUACUUCAUGGUCAAUGUCACAGAUGCCAUCUCAUCCGGAGAUGAUGAGGACGACACAGAUGGCUCCGAGGAUUUUGUCAGUGAGAACAGGGACAACAAGAGAGCGCCGUAUUGGACCAACACAGAAAAGAUGGAAAAGCGUCUGCACGCCGUGCCUGCAGCCAACACCGUCAAGUUUCGCUGUCCAGCUGGGGGAAAUCCAACACCCACUAUGAGGUGGCUGAAAAACGGAAAGGAAUUUAAACAGGAACAUCGCAUCGGCGGUUACAAGGUACGAAACCAGCAUUGGAGCCUUAUUAUGGAAAGUGUGGUCCCAUCCGACAAAGGAAAUUAUACCUGCGUGGUAGAGAACGAAUACGGCUCCAUCAAUCACACAUACCACCUGGAUGUCGUUGAGAGGUCGCCACACCGGCCCAUCCUCCAAGCUGGACUGCCCGCCAACGCCUCCACCGUGGUCGGGGGCGAUGUGGAGUUUGUCUGCAAAGUUUACAGCGAUGCUCAGCCCCACAUCCAGUGGAUCAAACACGUGGAGAAGAAUGGCAGUAAAUACGGGCCUGACGGACUGCCCUAUCUCAAGGUUCUGAAGGCCGCCGGUGUUAACACCACGGACAAAGAGAUUGAGGUUCUCUAUAUUCGGAAUGUAACUUUUGAGGAUGCUGGGGAAUAUACGUGCUUGGCGGGUAAUUCUAUUGGGAUAUCCUUUCACUCUGCAUGGUUGACAGUUCUGCCAGCUCCCGUAAGAGAGAAGGAGAUUACGACUUCCCCAGACUACCUGGAGAUAGCCAUUUACUGCAUAGGGGUCUUCUUAAUCGCCUGUAUGGUGGUGACAGUCAUCGUGUGCAGAAUGAAGACCACGACCAAGAAGCCAGACUUCAGCAGCCAGCCGGCUGUGCACAAGCUGACCAAGCGCAUCCCUUUGCGGAGACAGGUAACAGUUUCUGCUGAGUCCAGCUCCUCCAUGAACUCCAACACCCCACUGGUGAGGAUAACAACACGCCUGUCCUCAACAGCAGACACCCCCAUGCUGGCAGGGGUGUCCGAGUAUGAACUACCGGAGGACCCAAAAUGGGAGUUUCCAAGAGAUAAGCUGACGCUGGGCAAACCCCUCGGGGAAGGUUGCUUUGGGCAAGUGGUCAUGGCUGAAGCAGUGGGAAUCGACAAAGAGAAGCCCAAGGAAGCAGUCACGGUGGCAGUGAAGAUGUUGAAAGAUGAUGCCACGGAGAAGGACUUGUCUGAUCUAGUGUCAGAGAUGGAGAUGAUGAAGAUGAUUGGAAAACACAAAAACAUCAUAAAUCUCCUCGGAGCCUGUACUCAGGACGGGCCACUCUACGUCAUAGUUGAGUACGCCUCGAAAGGCAACCUCCGUGAGUACCUCCGAGCGCGGAGGCCACCCGGGAUGGAAUACUCCUAUGACAUAAACCGUGUUCCCGAGGAGCAGAUGACCUUCAAGGAUUUGGUGUCGUGCACCUACCAGCUGGCCAGAGGCAUGGAGUACCUGGCUUCCCAAAAAUGUAUUCAUCGAGAUUUAGCAGCCAGAAAUGUUUUGGUAACAGAAAACAACGUUAUGAAAAUAGCAGACUUUGGACUGGCCAGAGAUAUCAACAAUAUAGACUAUUACAAAAAGACCACAAAUGGGCGACUUCCGGUCAAGUGGAUGGCUCCAGAAGCCCUUUUUGACAGAGUGUACACCCAUCAGAGCGAUGUCUGGUCCUUCGGGGUGUUGAUGUGGGAGAUCUUCACUCUCGGGGGCUCGCCCUACCCAGGGAUUCCCGUGGAGGAACUUUUUAAGCUGCUUAAGGAAGGACACAGGAUGGAUAAGCCAGCCAACUGCACCAACGAACUGUACAUGAUGAUGAGGGACUGCUGGCAUGCAGUGCCCUCGCAGAGACCGACGUUCAAGCAGCUGGUGGAAGACUUGGAUCGAGUCCUCACUCUCACAGCCAAUGAGGAAUACUUGGACCUCAGUCAGCCUCUCGAACAGUACUCACCUAGUUUCCCUGACACAAGGAGCUCUUGUUCUUCGGGAGAUGACUCUGUUUUCUCUCCGGACCCUAUGCCUUACGAACCAUGCCUUCCUCAGUAUCCACACAUAAACGGCAGUGUUAAAACAUGAAUGAGCAUGCCUUCCCAUCCCCAGACAGAGCAGCGCCAGACACUGCUCCACUGAGCAGGGCGGCCUUGUCUCUGCUUGUAUAUAUGGAUCAGAGGAGUAAAUAAUUGGAAAAGCAAUCGGCACACUUGUAAAGAAUUUAUACAGUUGGAAACUUGUAAUCUUCACCAGGAGAAGAGGAAUGUUUCUGGGCAAUGGACUUGCCAUGGGCCACCACGCGCCCAUGACCCGCUGUGGGUGCUGGCUGUGGAGCAGCCGGACUCAAGGCAGACGUGGCGUUUUGCCUUGCUUGUGAAUUUUGUAAUAAUUGGAGAAAAUAUAUGUCAGCGCACACUUACAGAGCACAAUUGCAGUAUAGGGGUGCUGGAUGUAUGUAAAUAUAUUCAAAUUAUGUAUAAAUAUAUAUUAUAUAUUUACAAGGAAUUAUUUUUUGUAUUGAUUUUAAAUGGAUGUCCCAAUGCACCUAGAAAAUUGGUCUCUUUUUUUAAAAAAAUAACUAUUUGCUAAACGCUGUUCUUACACAGAAUUUCUUAAUUUUCACCGAGCAGGGGUGGAAAAAUACUUUUGCUUUCAGGGAAAAUGGUAUAACAUUAAUUUAUUAACGAAUUGGUAAUAUACAAAACAAUUAAUCAUUUAUCUUUUUUUUUGUAAUUUAAGUGGCAUUUCUAUGCAGGCAGUGCAUCGGACUAGUUAAUCUAUUUCUUGGACUUAACUAGUUAUCAGAUCUUUUGAAAAGAGAAAUAUUUACAGAAAAUGACUAAUUUGGGGAAAAUGAGGUUUUGAUUUAUUUGUGUUUAAACUCUGCUGUCAGAUGAUCGUUCUUAAACCACCUACAUGCCCAUGUUAAAAGAACCGGUUCAUGAGAAGUGUUUUGAUGUGCAGCUUUGUCACCUGAGCCCAUGUAACUGGACUUCCCAAGACAGAUGGGACCAGCGUUCGCUUAAAAAGAUGCCUUAACCCGUUCCUCCAGGAUGGACCUUCAUUGGAAUGACGGACUGUUCUCUCUGGCAGCUGGCCUUCUGCCCUGGACUUUCACAUUAAUCAGAUUAGCCUGUAUUCUCUCCAGUGAAUCUCGAUAAUGGCUUCCAGGUUUAUUGGCGUUAGAGAAGCCUUUUAGGAUCUUGCCGUCUCAUCAUAGAGAAUUGAAACACUGAAUUGUUCUGCUGAUAGUUUUGGGGUUACUUCCAUCUUUUUAAGGGAUUGUUUCCGUCUGAUUCUGGCAGGACCUCACCAACAGAUCCGGCCCGAGACCAGCGUCAGACAAAACGUUGCCGUGUUAUUCAUUCUGUAUUAAAGUAUUGUGUUUUGCUUUCGAAACACCUACUCACUUUGCCGUAGCCACGCAACGCGAAUGCAGAUUACACUGAUUUUACGUGUUACCAAAUUGGAGAAAGUAUUUAAUUAAAACCUGUUAAUUUUUAUACUGACAAUAAAAAUGUUUCUACAGAUAUUAAUGUUAACAAGACAAAAUAAAUGUCACGCAGCUUAUUUUUGUAA